AUGCAUAUCAUUCUCACUGGAGCAACAGGCCUAGUUGGCUCUGCGGUGUUGGAUUCUAUGCUCAAGAAUACCGCAGUCUCAAAAAUCUCAAUUUUGAGCCGGAGGCCAGUACAAAUGGCAGAAGAUGCAAAGGACCCUCGAAUCAAUGUCAUCAACCACAAAGAUUUCGAAUCUUACCCACCCGAGUUGCUUGAUCAAUUGAGAGACGCAGACGGCUGUGUCUGGGCCUUGGGAACAAGUCAAAACAACGUGAACAAGGAACAAUACAUCAAAAUCACCAAGGACUACACAAUGGCAGCCGCCACUGCAUUCUCCACCUUGAAGCCUGAGAAUCCUCCCUUCCGAUUCAUUCAUGUGUCCGGCGAAGGAGCUACACAGGAACCCGGGAGAUUCUCACCAAUCUUUGCCAGAACAAAGGGAGAGGUCGAGACACUGUUGGGUGAAUUAUCGGAGAAAAACUCAAACAGCUUUAGAGCCGAUAGUGUCAGACCUGCGUUCGUUGACCCGGCUGCGCAUGAUGCGAUAAAGCCAUAUAUCCCUGCCCUUGGAGUGAUCUACAAGGUUUCCGAGCUUCUCCUUGGUCCUGGAGUCAGGCAUCUCUACAAGUCUAUGCAUUCCCCCACAAAUCACCUUGGGCCAUUUUUGACGGAGAUGGCUAUGGGUCGGAUGGAUGUGAAAAUCGAAGGCACUGGGUCUUUCAAACUUGGUGGUGGCUGGGUUGUGGAGAAUAAGGGCAUGCGGAGAAUGCUGGGAUUGUAA